AUGUCUCUGUUCUUUCGUUUAUUCUACGCAAUUUUCACGAGAGUGUUAUUCAUCAGUCAUGCCCUAAUCACGUUCAUUGAAGUCAAGGACUUACAUGAAAUUUCGUUGGGCUAUAUAACACUGUACUCUACGGGUUUGUUCUUGUUGCUAACAGAAACUAUUUACACGUUACUAAAAAGAAAAGGAGUCGAAUAUAAAUAUUUCUGGCCAAGUGGUUUGUGUUAUCUAGUUACUCUAUUACCAAUAAUCUGGGAUGUAGAAAUCACAAUGCUUUACAAUAACGCAGACAAAGAGAAAUAUUUAGGGAAAUUGUCAUUUUUUCUCUCUAAAUCUUUAACUUCAUUGCAGGAAUUUAGUCAAAAAUUCUCGGAGUUAGGUUUGAUAAUCGUUAUCAUCACAGGGCGUUGGCUUUUACCACGCGGCAAAAUAACAAGAGAUCAACUAUCUGCAUUGCUUUUGACGUAUGUUGGAACAGCAGCUGAUGUCAUGGAGUUAUUUGAAGUAUUUCACAACAAAAGAGAGCUACGACUUAAUCACGAUCUAUAUAUUGCUGUACUUUGUACAUAUACCUGGAGCGUGCUUCAAUUUGCAUUUGUAAGAACAGCGACCGCAGAUUCUGUUGCAGACAAUGACCCUUUGCAGGAAAGCACGAACGAAGUGAAUAAUAUAAAAGAUAGACUGCAAACGAGCCAAAAUGCCGCAGUCUCAGAUGUAGAAAAAGAUCGAAAUAAAGUAUCGCUAAACCGCUCUAUGCCAAAAUACCUUCACAAAUUGGUCAAAAAAUCGCGGGCGCACAAUCAGCAGCGACUUCUCGAUGCCUUUCGCCUAGAUUUUGUUGCAGAUGAAGAGAUACGUCGAAACAAAAUGAUUCAGAAAUUAAGACAUGAGCGACUGUUAGAGCUUCAGAAGGCAAAGAAAAGCCGUUUUCAUGGUGACCUUUACAAUAUUCUUGUCGGUAUUUUUAUGAUGGAUGCCCCAUUUCUGAUAUUACGUUUAAUCAUGAUAUUUAAAUUCCAAGUUACAACAGAUCUUCAUCUAUUGUUUACAGGAAAAAACGCUGUUGGUGUCAGUCUUCUCGUCUAUAGAUUGUGUAUUCUUACUUUUGCUUAUAAAUAAAUCAUACACAUCUUUA